AUGUGUGUCAGCCUGUCCUCACGGUUCACUGAUGUCGGGUCUGGACAAUGUUUCAUCGCCUAUCCCGGAAAGAUUGGGUUUUGCGAUGGACAUAAAAAGUGCCACGACGAAGGAGUCAAACGGGGUCUCAAUAUGUUUCUGGUCGGUCGAUACCCCACACUGCUGAGACCACACUUCCUUAACUAUUCUACCAUACAUACCGGCAUGCAUGAUCUGCUGUUUCCUUUCUGCUGGCUAAAGGUUGGUUGGCAGACAAACGAUCCAGGCCAUUAUUCUCGGGUGACGGAUUCCAUUGUUUUUAUGCGAGGCGAACCGCGCUUUGGCGACGGAGUAGUGAUUGUGUUCACCCCUCAAGGUUUCAAAACUGAAGUGCAAGAUUCCACACUGCGGACGCUGAAUUCAGGAUGA